ACCUAUGCUUCCAUAAUAAAAGCCUGUCAACUAUAGCGGAGUCGUCUGCUAAUCCCUUGCGUGUCGUUGGUGGAAAUCCCCACGUGGUUCCGACUCUGAUAUAUUUAAAAAAAAAAAAAAAAAACUUUGGAAUUGCCGAGCGAGCCCUUGCGGUCGUGAUUGGGGAGUGGGGAAAGAGGGUCUGAGUCAGGAGCAUCUUGCGGGACAAAACCGGGACGGUUCAAAGCGUCUUUCCCUUUCGGACUGCCGCUGAGACGGAGAUGACUUCGCGAAUGUCUUGAACGGAGACGAGCGGAGCAUGUAGGCUUGACUUCCUCCGAGCUGCGUGCUUGAUGCGGGGAGUUAAGAACGCGCAAGUUGGCUUCGCAAGCAUUCCACCGACUUCUGGACUCGAGGGUCGCGCGCGCGCGCGCUCGGGAAGUUGCGUUUUCUUGCGUUCCGCGGCUAUUUAGCGCCAUUGUUUUUCCCCGCCGUGAACGUUUCCACGUGUAAAAAUGAGCGCAGCCGCCGCGGUGUUGUUGACGGUGUGCGCUCUGUCGGUGCGCUGCGCUUCGGCGGCGGAGACCCGGAGCUCGGCCGCCGCGGAGUCGUGCGCGUCGUGCGGCUUCAGGGCGCCGGAGCAGUCGGAGCGCGUGAACGUGGACUUGCUGGAGGCUGUCAAGAGACACAUACUGAACAGGUUGCAGAUGAGGGAGCGACCCAACAUCACGCACCCCAUCCCGAAAGCGGCCAUGGUGACGGCGCUGAGGAGGCUGCACGCCGGCAAAGUGCGAGAGGACGGGCGGCUGGAGAUCCCCGAUCUGGACGGACACGCGUCCUUCGGCAACGACGUUCAGACGGAGACCUCGGAGAUCAUCAGCUUCGCGGAAACCGAUGAGUACACGUCGUCAAAGUCCAGUCUUUACUUCCUGAUCUCCAACGAAGGCAGCCAAAACCUGUACGUGUCACAGGCAAACUUGUGGCUCUUCUUCCGGGUGUUGCCAGCCGGUCCCGAGAAAGGCCUCCGAAGGAAGGUGACAGUCAAGAUCCAUUACCAGGAAGCCGGAGUUGGGAGCGGUGUCGAAGGAGUGCCAGGAGGAGGUGGCGGAGGGGUCGCGGGGCGCUGGGCCCUCGUGGAGAAGCGUGUUGAGCUGAAACGCAGCAGCUGGCAUACUUUCCCUCUCUUGGAGGCAGUGCGCGCAGUGUUCGGCAAAGGUAGCCGUCGACAGGACCUGGAGGUCCGCUGCGAAGGGUGCGAGACGGCCGGAGUGGCUCCGGUGCUGGUGGACCCAGGCGACCCGUCCCACCGGCCCUUCCUGGUGGUCCGCGCCAGACAAGCGGACGGAAAGCACCGCAUUCGCAAGCGGGGGCUGGAGUGCGACGGCACUAGCGGGGGCCUCUGCUGCCGGCAGCAGUUUUACAUCGACUUCCGUCUCAUUGGCUGGAACGACUGGAUCAUCGCACCCGCGGGCUAUUACGGCAACUACUGUGAGGGCAGUUGCCCAGCUUACAUGGCCGGCGUGCCGGGAUCGGCUUCGUCCUUCCACACGGCGGUCGUAAACCAGUACCGCAUGCGAGGAAUUAGCCCCGGGUCGGUCAACUCCUGCUGCAUCCCCACCAAACUGAGUACUAUGUCCAUGCUCUACAUCGAUGAUGCGUACACUAUUGUCAAGAGAGAUGUGCCCAACAUGAUUGUGGAGGAGUGCGGUUGUGCUUGAGUCCUCGUCGGCCCUUAAUUCUCAGUAAAGGCUCUUGUACAAACAGGACAUCUUGUACCAUAUACAUAUACAGUACAAGACAAAACUAUCGCUACUGUAUGUGCAGGCAAGACACACUGUAGUAUCAUCUAGUAUGAAAAUGUGCGGAGGUUCGGUUGCACAUGUUCAUGUGAGUGUAUGUAUUUAUCAGACUGAGUGAUAUGCUCGCUGUCUUGAGUUGGAGCUCGACAGCGUAGGGAGGACAAGGGAAUGAAGAUCACCAAAAGGUACUUUUGCUCUAUUUUGCCAUUUGUCCGAUUUUCAAUAUGAUGGCCGAGCACCACCGACUGAAAGAAGAUAAGCAUUUAAGGAAAGUGACAUGAUCAGCCAAUGACAUUGUUGGCUUUGUCCCCAGACUCCCCAACCUGUUCCUCAGGCCCCUAAGUACCUAAGUACUUCAAGCACAUGGCAGACUGAUUUUCUUUCCCCGUUUCUUUCUAAAGCACUGACAACUCAUCAGCUUACACAAUUCAGAACACGAGCACUUCGCCGGAAUGCCGACGGACGCGGUCCGACGGUCCUGUGGCGGACUUCGACCGGCGGCGCUUCAUGCCUCGCGGGAUUCUUCCCUCUGCGUAACUGCUAAUUGCAGGCCCCGAACCUCGGCUCCCCCCCGCCCCCGUAGCCGGGAGAUGACCCGGACGAGACCGAGCUCAGAAGUGCACUUGACUUGCGCGCCGGGAGCGAUCGGGACAGAACUCAUUCCUCCUGCCCGUCGAGGGUUUGGAGAAGCCAGCGCUCGGACGCGGAGACCCUCGUUCCGGCGGGCUGCCACACUGCAGCGCAGCACUUGGAGAAACUGAAACGCACACCCCGAUUAGCACUUGUAUAAAGAAUUGCCUUCCGAGCGGUACCGAGUGUCCUGUCACAUCACUAAGUAAGUGCCACGUGAGCUAUGCAAUGUAUAGUAAACUAUACCCGUACUACAAUACGCCCUGUUAGACCGAAUGAUCUCUGUCUGAAGAUUUCUCCGCCUCUCGUUUGCUUUCUCCCUCUUUCCUCCUCCACUCCGCUCCCUCUUCAUCAAUACUUGAAAUGUAGUCUUUCGCAUCCUUUCGAAAGCGAACGAUUGUUGUGAUGUUUUGCACUGAAAAGUUGCAGGAUUAGUGAGACGAAAACUGCCAUUGAAAAAGUUAUUUUUAUAGGAAGUAAAGAAACUGAAUUUUGUGUCAGAGGUAUUUUACAUAACUAAUGGAACCAAAGAGGCCAUGGUUUUAGCCGGUGUACCGAGAGGGCGUGGUCGUUGCGUGUAUGAUACUGUUUUGAUCAUUUGCAAAAGGCCUACUCGUAUCAGGGUACAAUAAACGAUUCAACACUUUUCAUCUUCCAUUACAUUGUUUUUGUUUUCAGUAUUCUAUUUAAUAAAACACUGUUUUAGUUUGCUCUUUCAGAAUCAUCUAGCCAAAUAAAUGACGUCUGUACAGUUUAUGUGAAAUAAAAUGUUUUCUUAAGAUAUUUUGUAACUGUAAAACAGA